AUGGAAUCCAGCGGCCCGCCUAAGGGAUACACAAAAGCUUUGGAAACACGGCUACGCGAGACCGAAAUGGUUCUGAUACGGGUCCUACAGUCAACAAAUGAUCAGGAGCUGUUGGCUCGUGCGUUCAAUGACGAUACAAAAGAGCUAGGGUUUAACGAGCGAAUAACUGAGCAUAGUAUGGGCGAACAGAGGAUGCUGGCCUUGAUGAAUCAUUGGGAGCGGUUCCCACUUCGGACUGCUGAUAAUGUUGUGCAGUGGAUUGAAGAGACAAGCAGGAACUCGAACUUGCAAGACAGGGCUGGAAGUCAGACGCUCAAAAGGACAGGGGAAGUAUCACAACUAGUAGAGCAUUCUCACGACAUCGCCCAUCAGCCUGAGGCCGAUAUUGAGAGCCAUGUCGGUUCUGAGGAUGAUCUGUCGGUUGAAAGUCGCCAUGGCCAUGCAACCUCAAUAUCCCUACCCCCAAUAAUGGAGCUCUCAUCGGAAGACACCGUUGAGGCGGUCAUACCAGCAGAAAAAGCACAUGAGGUGCGAAAUACCGCCGCCUCUUCUAUCAUUGAACUACCAGAAGACUUCAAAGACCAGUUUCUGUGGUAG